AGUAUUUUUACAAAAAUCUGUCAAAAUGGCGGCGGCCAGAUUAAGCACGAAGAUCAAAGAAUUGCGAAUUUUACUGUGCCAAACGUCGAAAGCCAGCGACGGUGCAAGAAAUUUUAUCUUUCAACAUUACGCAUUGAUUAAAAAGGCAAAUCCCACGCUACCUAUUUUGAUUAGAGAAUGCGAGAACACCGAGCCACGGCUCUAUGUUCGCGUUGAAUACGGUAAGGAAACGUGUUACCCGCUGUCAGAUCUCAGCGUAGAAGAUGUGGUACAGACGUUCAAGCAGGCAACCAGUGUAUGAUGAAUGAAUACUCGUCUUGUUGAUUAAUUUUCAUAUGAUGUACGGUAAUUUAUUAUAGUUGACAAUUAAAUUAACUCCUCUAACAAGA